ACAAUUUUGAGAGAGAGAAAGAUAUAUAUACAAUAUAAACGUGCAGUUGGCUGAAGUCUUAGGGAAGUUGAGCUUGGGCGGGGAGUUUGUGGCAACGGCUUGGCGGGAAUCCGCGUGGGUCCUACAAGGGCAUAGAGACAACUUCGUAAUUAAGCACUCCUUGCGAGACACCGGGAUCUUACUAUUUUGUUGCACACCUGUUCCCGUCCUGGCCUAUCCCUUAAUUUCUCUUUGCUUCUCUUCCAUAUCCCUUGAAUAUUAAUCAAAUCUAGCUGUUAGGCUUCGGUGAAACUGUUGUGCGGAGCGCAAUUUGUGUCACAACGCGGAAACAGAUGCUCCGAGUUGACACCAUGUUCGCAGCCCUCUAAGGCCUGGACAGGGAAUUGAACACAGAAGCCCACCAUGGAGGGUCUUUUCACUUUGCUCAUGUUGAGCAUUGUGAUGGCGAUUACUUCCUUCGUCGUUGGCUCACUACCCCUGACCUUCGCGCUUUCUCCCUCUCAAUUGCGAUUGAUCUCCUCCGUUGGUAUGGGAGUCCUAGUCGGGACGUCUCUGAUUGUUAUCAUACCAGAAGGAGUCGAAACACUCUACAGUGCAGGCACCUCCCACAAAGCGAAAAGUACAGUAACUCGAUCGGUGGACGUCAAUUGGCAGCACAGCGGUCCUGCUCCAGUACUCGCUUCUAUAAUCCCAUCGAAUGAAGUUCCAACAGUCUCUCAUGGGGCUGUCUUUCCGAGGGCAGCGCAGCCGGAAAGCGCAUGGAUCCCUUUGACGGAUAAGCUCCACGCAGUACAGCCGGACGAACAGGCAGCUAAGGAGAGACGAGGUGCCUACCCCAAGGAUGAGCCUGAAGAUGAUAACCAUGAUAGCGAGAAGAGUGAUGAGCACGAGGAUGAUAGCUCCGCGCACGCCUGGAUAGGGAUCGCACUGAUUAGCGGGUUCAUCCUCAUGUACCUCAUCGACAAGCUUCCGGAGCUGGCGUCAUUCUCCUCGAAGCAGCAGAGAACCCCAUACCAUAUUUCUCUGGAUAACUUAGGCUCAGGGCUGCGUCGCAAUUCUUCUCCUUCUCGGGAGGGUAUGCAGGAAUCCGGGACCAGCUCAAGAGCCAGCCACAGCUUUGCAACUACGACGGGCCUUGUAAUCCAUGCUGCCGCGGACGGGAUCGCGCUGGGAGCAUCCAGUUCCGACACGGGCUUAAGCUUCAUUAUUUUCCUUGCUAUAAUGGUCCACAAGGCCCCCGCCUCUUUCGGACUCACGUCUGUUCUACUCAAACAAGGGCUGUCGAGUCGUGCGGCUAGAGCUCAUCUGCUCGUCUUCAGCUUGGCAGCUCCGGUGGGUGCGUUGGCAACUUUUCUUUUCGUGCAAACAUUGGGCUCUGGACUGAGCGGCGACGAAGCUGGGACUCGUUGGCGGACGGGCAUGCUUCUGUUGUUCUCCGCAGGCACUUUCCUAUAUGUUGCCAUGCAUACUAUGCAAGAAACUGGCGCGAAUUCGGCGUCGACUGAUAUAAAUAUCAACGGGUACGGCGACGGAAGAGACAACCAACAACGAGCGUCUAAGUCGAUGAGGGACUUGAUCGCCUCGGUCAUCGGAAUGAUCCUACCCCUGUUCUUACAGAUCGGUCAUGCUCAUUGAUGUGG